AUGAUUCGUGCCAGGUUAAAGCAAGCAUUUUGGGAUUUCCUUCACUUUUUAUGUUUUGAUCCCAAACGUUUGGUGAGAGUGAUUGUCUUAAGUAUAUGCAGCGUGGUGGUCAUUUUCCAGCUUACGGAGUGCUUUCAGAAACUGAUCGGUCCUCCAAUAACCACUCAUUCUCGAUUCGAUUUGAACGAAUCGAUGCUGUAUCCGGCCGUCACUUUCUGUCGUGAACCCCCGUACAAGUAUGAGGUGAUGGAGCGGUACAAUCUUUCACAUCAUCCAAAGUAUGCCACUGCUUUCAACAAAUUCAACUUUAACGAAAGUUCCCUCGACGAUUUGUUCCGCGAAGCCACCUACAAUCAAAGUGAAUUCUUCAUUCAGUACGGAUUGGAUGGAUUAACAGAAAAUAUUGAGGUUGUCGGUAGUAUGCACCUUGAUAUGGGGCUGUGUUUUACCCUGAACCCGCUAACUACAACUACACACUCUUGGAAACAAGCAGGAUACUCGAUUAUGCUAAUGCAUGAUAUAAGAGAUGAAGAAUACUUUCUCGGUGAAAAUCAACCAGGAUGGCACGUGUUCGUCCACGAUCAGGCGGAAGGUUUUGCAGAAAAUCGCAUGCAAUCUUCCGGACGAGUCGAGUAUUUAUUCGUGGAGGUAGACGAGGAAGUGGAGGUAAAGCUAACCACGCAACACUUCUAUAUGCUUCCGAGUUCGGAAAAUCUCUGCACGACAGGAGCCGAAAUGAGUUCCACAAAGUGCAGCGAGCUGUGCCACUGGCAUCAUGUGGUCAAUACGGUGGGUUGCACCGCUCCCUGGAUGCCGGACAUCGACGGCGAGCAGUGUCAUACCGCUCAGGAUACACAACAGCUAAUCAAGUACUAUAAGCUGAUGGAAGAUAUGGACAGCACAGUGUGCGGAUGUUUUCAACCGUGUUCAAGUUCGAUUUUCACCACCUACGUAAUGAAUCGGAAACGUUUCAACAUUUCAAUCCCUGCCGGACAGCUUUGGAUGUAUUACACCUCGAAGAUGGUUUCUAUAGUAGAGGAAUUCCACAGCUACGACCUGACUCAAUUCAUAGCUGAUCUUGGGGGAUCUUUGGGCUUUCUUCUAGGGCUUUCGGUUCUGGGAUUGAUCGGACUGUUGGAAAAAAUUGUCGAGUUGGUGUUCAUUCGAAAGCUUAUUGCAGAGAAAAGAAAUAAACAAACAAUUGACGGAUGUUCCGAAACCAGUAUCAGUGACCGGAAGGGUGACGAUUUAAGUCAGAGCGAUAGCUCCGAUGCAACAUUGGCGGUUAGAAAACUUAGCAAGUAG